GUUAGGGACAAGAAUUCGCAAGCAGGGAGAAAGUAGGCGCGUCCCGCUGGGAGAAAUCCGUCCGGAGUUUGGAGAGCGUGGGAGAAAUCCGGGCCCUCCACUCUAGAAAAGGUCUCGCUGCCCCGCCUAGCGCCAGUAAAAGACUAAAGACCCAGGAUGGAUAAAUAUAAAGCUUUGGAACAACUGCUCACAGAACUGGAAGAUUUUCUGAAGAUACUAGAUAAGGAAAACCUCAGCAGCACAGCUGUAGUUAAAAAGAGCUUCCUGGCUGAUCUCCUUCGGCUGUGCACAAAGUCAAGUGGUGGUGAUGAAGAAUACAUUUAUAUGAACAAAGUAACCAUCAAUAAACUACAUGGAGAACCAGAGAAAGACAACAAAGGUCACAGAGAUUCCUUGACUAACGGAGAAAUGGAGCAGCAUUUGUAUCCGCCACAGAAAAGUUUGCCAGAGCUUCCACCUUCAAAAAUAAUUCUAGAAACAAAACUGUAUCCAGGCCUCAAAACCGAAUCUCCAGAAGGGUACUAUGAAGAAGCAGAGCCUUAUAGCGUUUCUAUGAAUG